UUACUUAACAGGUGGAAGGUUCAAGCUGAAACUCGCACUUUCCUUUUUCUUUAUCAGCUGUCAGUUGCUCUGAGAGAAAGCUCUAUUUAAGCAGGAAUGUGAAUUUUUUUUCAGUGAACAUCUUGAUAUUUAAGGACUUUCAGAGCAGGAUGAUGUGGGUGCAGGAUGAGAAUAACACAGAUGCUGAUGGAAAUGAUUUGCUCUCCCCUACAAGUUCCGAUGGAGAGACUGACUUGUCCUCUGACGAUGGGGGAGAUAUUGAGUGUAAGAUCUUGGAAAAGCAGAGGAAUGUGGCCUAUCAGAAGCUGUCUGAGCUGGAAGAAGUUUCCAACCAACUUCUGAAGGAGAUUAAUGUGCUGGAGAUCCAGUUCCAGACUGAGCGCUGCUGCAGGGAGAAUGCAGAGUCACUAGCUGUCAAAGUAAGCAAUGAGAACAAAGUCUUGAAAAGGAGGAGCAUGAUGCCAUUGAUCAGUGAGCUGCCAGAAAACCUGUUUGAUCUGAGUCUUGAUGCAGAUGAUCACUUAAUUUGUGGCGAUGUGGUUGAUCUCGGACAUGAGGACAACAAUGAAGAGAAUCUGCUGCUGGAGAGUCAAGCCAAAAUCACAGCGUUACAGGCAUCAGUGGAUGGACUGCUGGCUGAGAAACUGCAACUCGAGCAGCAAGUUGAGGACUUGACCACAGAGCAGAACCACCUCAGAGAGCAGCUUGCUUUGGAGAUUGCAGAGAAGGAGGCCCUUUUGAGGAAGAUUAACAAACAAAACAAGACCAUAAAUAAGAUCAAACGAGUUUCCCAGAUGGUCACUGAGGAGUUCACUGAAAUGUCUCAGAAACUGGAGCUGGAGCAGGACCUCCGGCAACAGGCUGAAGUCGUUGCCCAUCAGAUGUUGGUGGAGAAGACAGAGUACCAUGGGCAAAACAUGGUGGAGAUGGAUGGCAAAGACAGUGGCAUUCAGCUUCAACUGCAGGAAGCACUGGAGCAGAUUUCCCACAUCAACACAACUAUGUCUGAUAUACAUCGCUACUAUCAAAGCCAGGGUAAAGAAAGGAUGGAUGCUAUGGAGGAGAGCAGGAUCCUCUCUGAGCUGAGAAAUAAGCUGGAGAUGAGUGAAAGGGAGAAGAAAACUCUGGAAACUCAACUGUUUGAAGCGAACAAAUGUGUAGCACAGCUGCAAACAGAAGUGAAUCAGAUUCAAGAAACUCAAAGCUUUGGGGCUAUGACAAAAGAACUCAGUGCGCCACCGCCUCCACCUUUGCCACCGCCUCCACCUCCGCCACCGCCUCCACCUCCGCCUCCGCCUCUGUCCACACCUGCCAUUAACUUCCAAGAUUUUCUGAGGAGUAGGAGGAAAGAUGGAGUUAGCAAAACUGAACAAAACAAUUCAACACCCUUGUUGAACAUGAAGGCAAAGGCAGUGGAUGAAAUGAUGGAAAGAAUAAAGAAGGGCAUUGUCCUUAGACCCGUUAUGAAAAUACAGGAAGAAGACACCUGCUGGAAGGACCAGAAAAGUCAAAACCGAAAAUCCGCCAUCCUAGAGUUGAAAGGAAUGUUGGACAAUAUGAAACGUCGAGAUUCUUCGAAAAGAGGAACCAGCCGGAGAGUGGAAAACUCAGAACUCCUGCUGGUCCUCCAAAGGAGGAGAAGGGUCAUGGCAGGGAAUUCGGAGCAAUCGUCUACGUUACAGGAUCCCCAUCCAGGAAAGACAUGCAUCCCAGCAGCAGGUGAUGGUCCCUGGGCAUCUGAGUUCAGCAAUGCCCCAGUGCUUCGGAGGCUGAAACAGAACAGGGAGAAGAGAGACUCUCGCAUCCGGGAAUCAGCAUUGAUCAUCAACCAUAAGACCUGAAAGCAGUCAGAGGAAAACAUCUCCAAUGUGGCAACUGAUUGAAAAUCCCACAUAGACCUCUGAUAAAAAUCUGUUUUGCAUGUCAGUUCUUUGUCCAAUCAUUUAAACCAAACAGAUGUUACAAACAAACCUGGAAAUCAAAUAAAAUAGACUUUAUCGUGUCAUGUGAACCAAGUUUGCAGAGGGCCUAUGCUUGUUGCGUGUAAGAAAAUGGAGCUCUUUCAGCCGUAUUUAAUGUCCGGCAUCAUUUCUGGGAUUCUAGCUUUCAGGAGAGAUAAGUGCUCGUUAUACUUUUUUUAUUCCAUAGAAAAUAGAUGAAAUAUAGGCAGAAAAAAAGCCCCACAUUUGUGAAUACUUUCGCCCACUUCUUCCCCCCUGUGCUUUUCUGUGAAAGCCGAGCUCUGCAGCAGAAUGGGGGCUGCCUCGUGUUCAGGCACAUUAAAACUGCCGCACCCGAAGCACAGAGGUGUUGCUGAGAUAAGAGCCUGAGGUGAUCUGAUAGCUCCCUCCUGAAAGUUUUUAAAUGCAGCAGGUCGCCUUUUGUUUUCUCACCUCCACACAGUUGCUGUGCACAGGAGUGUGCGCAUGAAUGAGCGUGCACACCUUUACAGCACACCGUCCAUCUAUCUGCCUAUCAACCUUUGUUAAAAGCAUUUGAAAAGUGGAUGGAUAUACUCUCAACUUUCAAUCUGACACCAUUUUAGUGUCUUCACACUGUUUCACAUUAUAUAUUUACUUCAUUUAGCGCUUUACCUGAAGCUGUGUCCUUUUUUUCUCUCUUUCCAGCAUACAUUUUUUAUUGUUUUGCUCCUGAUUCUCAGAGGUGACAGCUUUUUCAUAUAAAGUGCGCAAACGUGUGUGCUUGUGUAAAUAAUAUUUGUGUCAAUGUGCGGAUAAGAGAGAAAUAAAGAACAAAACAAUCAA